CAGCAGUGAGCGUUCCUCCCCCACUCUUCCUUACUUCUAGCUCGGGUUUUUUUUAAACACUUAGCUAGGGUUGUCCUUACCAAUUACUGAAGCCUACUAAAGGUCUGUUUUGACAUUUCACUCUUCAGUACAUGGUUUUUCGAAGUAACGUCGUAAAAAUAACGCCUCUUUCCGCGGUGGGAAAGAGGAGAAGCUAGUUCGAGUCGCAGCAGCAGAGCACUGACUGCAUAAACUGGCAUGAGGAUGAAUCCAGAUGACUGGAAUUACGCUGCAAAUGAGUCUCUGCAGAGGCGUCUGAUUCCAGAUCACCGGACUGAGGUCAACAGUCGGGGGGUCAACUCCGUCACCAGUGAUGAGUGGCAGACUUUCUGCAGACAUGCAAGACACACUGUUGACGAAGCUCAAAGCUUGAUGGGAGGAAAUGUGGCAAGGGAGCAACUCUGUGUUUCCUCCCAUGACUUUUACAUCAAUGACGCUGAAGCUGAUGACCCAGAUGGAGAAUCACUUGAAGUCGAUGAAGAGGAUCCAGAGCUCAGGAGAAAGCGUAAACAGCUUCAAGAGAUAGAGGAGCAAAUUAUGUUUAAGAGAGCUUCUAUUGCCCUGAAAACAGUUGAACCGCUUUUAAAGAAAACAACCUCUCCAGAUAUAGAUUCUUAUAGUGAAUCGGCUACACGCAACGUUGCCAGUCUUAAAGACCGUGUGAAUUUAAUUUUGCAACAACAUCGUCCUUCGAGAUUUCUGUCAACGGUCCGGUCACCCAAAGAGAGAAUGAACUCAUCCAGCCUGAUUAAAAAUGGUCCACCGCAGGACGACCAUCCUCUGAAGCUCAGAGUGAAGGCCCUAAUGAAGCAAAGAAUUAGCGAUUCAUUUUAUUUGCCAGCCAGAGAAGAGGCCCCUGACUGUACACCAUCUCCUCUCUGCCGAAGCAACUCUUCACCCGGCAACGAGGAUGUUGUCCACAAAGGUUUCCAGCGUUUCCUCAGCAUUCUCAAUGAAGGAGUGGACAUGGACUUCCUCAGCAGGAUUGUUAACGAUGACAGUCCAGAUCUUCCUUUAGGUGAGGAGCUCCUCAACGUUCAGGUUCCUGCUGUAGAGAGCAUGUCAGAUACAACCUUCGACAGAGAGAGGCAGCAAUCAGAUCACGAAGCUUCGCUACCGGACUGCAAUCGGGCCAACAGUGAAGGGGAAUGUGACAAACCCACUGAAGAGAGAUCCCUCGGUGAGAGACUUUCCAUGCCCGCUAAUGAAGAUGAGGCGAGGAGUCCAUCCAAGUCUCCCGCUGCAGUGAAGACGAAAGAAGAAGAAGAAGAAAAACCAGAGGUGGACGAGCAGCGUGCACAGCUCCAGAACAUUCUUCAAUCUCUGGGUUUGAGCCUCGAAGUUGAUGAGAUGAGCAAAUUAGCAGACCGGACUCGGGAGAGGCUGUAUGGAAAGAAGCAUGAAGGCAAAGGACCAGAGCAGGAGAUUCGGCAGAGGGGUCCUCAAAGACAUUACAGUAAGUCCUCCUCUUCGUCUUCCUCCUCGAGAUCAAACUCUAGAAGCAAUAGUCGUCCGAGUCCCUCUCGCCGUCGCCGCUCCCACGGCAGAGAAUCGAGACAAAGGUCUGAAUGCGGCCGCCGUUCGGGCGACAGAAAGGGAGAGGAACUGGCGUGCCAUGGCGGCCUCGAGGACAGCAAAGAAGAACAGAGUUAUGGGUACCACGACGAAAAAAAUACCAAAGAAAUGUUUUCUUAUCAACAAAACCAUAUGUAUAGCCAGCCUGCUGCUCUUUCUGCAUUUCCACAAAACGAUUUCUACCAAAGCUCCCAGUACACUGCCUACCACAGUGACUCCUACGACACUGCUUCAAAUUCCUACUGGACAUCUGCACAAGUUGCCCCCCCACCUUUCUUUUAUACAAGCGGGAGUCCUCAUCCACAAAACGCCUACCAACUCUCUCCUUCCUCUGAAGUGCCCCCUGUCCUUUGUGACCCAUAUAGACGCAUGUCUUUGAAAAAUAACCGAUUCAGGAAUCCGGAUCCGUCGGGGAGGGAAGGGCAAACUGGAUCUUUUUCAGUCAAUCGCUGCCUGCAGGUCCUCAGCACCGACAAGCCACCUAGCUGUCUACAGAAAACCCCGCCCAAACCCCCCCCCACACCCCCUCCCCAAAAAAAGAAGAAGAAGAAAAAGAAGAAGAAGAAUAAGAAAAAUGUACAGACAGAAGCUCAUUUAGAGUAUAUUCGGGCACAGAGGGAAAGUGCAACAUUUUGGCAGAAGCAAAACAACAAAAACAAACAACGGCCUAACAAACAAGGCCCCCGGUCAUUGAACACAAACCUAUUCAUGAACCCAGAUCUGUCAGGGAGUGAAGGCCAAACUGGAUUUUUUUCACGCCAACCCUGCCUGCAGACUGUCAGCAUUAAGAGCCGUUUACAGCAACCCCCAAAAGGUCCCAAAAACAAAAUGAAUAUGAAGACAAAAGUUCACUCACAGAUGGUUCAUGUACUUAAUGCAAAGCAAAGAAGGCAGGAACUACGACAAUUGGCAGAAGAACCGGCGCAGGUGAAUACUCCACAGCCGGUUGAACACAACCCUGAAGCGGAGCAGUCGGGAAAACAGCAGGCGCCAACGGAGCAGUCGGGAAAACAGCAGGCGCCAACGGAGCAGUCGGGAAAACAGCAGGCGCCAACGGAGCAGUCGGGAAAACAGCAGGCGCCAACAGAAGAGUCAGGAGAACAGCGGGCACCAACGGAGGAGGAAAUUAAAGCAAACUUGAGGAUAAAGCUUAAAGCAUUUAACCUGAAGAUGAAGCAAAAGGCCCCAGAGCCUGGCUAUGCCCUGACCUCACCGACCGGUGAAAUAUGUGGCUCUUCGUGACUGUGUGAUCAUUUGAAACUGCUGCAAGCCGAGACUGUGGACAUCAUGUCCAACAUACAGUAUUUACACCUUGUUUAUUGUUUAGUCAUAUUUCGAGUCAUAUUUCGAGUCUUCACACUCUAAAAACAUCUUCUUCAAAAAAAUUAUUUUAUGCCAGCAAUUGCCAUUAUGGGUCGGGUCUGGUAACACCCAUAUCAACUCUACGUUUCUGUGAAUAUUACUACUUUAUUACUGUUUAUAAACUGCCUUUCUCUUGGUACUGUAUGUAUUUGAUUAAACAAACUAUGUUUUGCAGACUCUG